CCAACACACAACCACUGGUUUGUCCGGGUUCAAGUCCAGGGCACGAAGAAACGCACACAAAGAAGGGUGCUGCGAUUACCGGGGGGCGUGGAUUUUGUUUCUCUUCGUUCCCUUCCACUCACUAAUAGCCUUCGUUUUGGAUAUACAGGUUCUGCUGCUUCCAGUUGCCCGCAUUUUAGGUUAUGACCUUGGGCGUCUCUUUCGAUGGCGAACGCGCGAAAUUCAUCUAAAUUAGUAUAAUUUCAACGGCGCAACUGACCGCAGUUUGAGGGUUGCGGACUAGGACUCUAUAAUGCCGGAAGUCAUCAGCCUGUUAUCGUCGUCGUCACCUUUGAGGGCGCGUUCAAGUCCAGCUCCAAACGUCUCAUCGAAGCUGCCAGAUCGCCCAGCGCGCAUAACCAUCCUCUCUGAUGAUUCGAAUUUCGACUGGGAAGAUUCAAACCCUUCCAAGAAGCGCAGAUUGAGCCACCAGCGCUAUCUGAGCCCACCUAGGCAACUGAGCCCUCCUCCGAAGACAAACCCUUUACUGCUGUUUUCUGACUUGGAUGGGAGUAUAACAACCUCGCCCAUACCUCGCUUUAAUAAUAAUUAUCAUUCGACGACAAAGAAUAGUACAUGGAAUGGCGACAUAUCAGACCCUAUAGAAUUUACAUCAUCUACCGUUGAUCCGACAACUGCGCACAUUCGAGACAAUAAUACAAGAAUAACACCUGCUGUCAUAACAAUAGACGACAGUAUCAUAGAAUCCGAUGAGCUAUCUUCCCCUGGAGGUCCACUGAAUGUCCCACCACCAGCCAGCUUGAAAGCCAAUUUGUCUGAUAGAACAGCGAGCCUACUCGCGCGGAUCCAAAAUCGCUCCUCAGUCGAACCCACCAAAUCCAAGCAGAGGGGUGCUAGCACAUCUGCCGCCAAAUCGAUAUCCUCCAGUUCUAGAACCCGGGUGCCAGACCCAAGCCAGAGGAUAGAUUUAGAUGAUGACUCCCUUCCGUCGGUGCUUCCAACGUCGAGACCAAGAAGAGCGCCAAAGGCGUCUACCGCUGAUAGGGAAAUGCGGGAAGCAGAAAAACAAGCUACAAAGGAACGCCGUGAAAAGGAGAAAGAAGAAGAGAGAAAACGAAAGCAAAAAUUAAAGGAGCAAAAGGCUAGAGAGAAACAACUAGCUGCUGACCUUGCGGAAGCCAACAAGCGGAAAUUUGAUAAGAAAAUUUCCACGCCAGAAAUGAUUAUAGACAUGUCCUCUACCUUUGAGGAGUCCAGUGUCGGCAACCAAGUAACGGAGUAUAUGCGACAUCUUGGAGUGGAAAAGAAUUUCAUUUCUACUCGCAUGCCAAAUAUCGUUACAUGGAGAAGGAAAGUCACUACUCAGUACAAUGACAAGGAAGCGCACUGGGAACCCUGUCCCCCAACCAUUAAAACGGAAGACCACGUUCUAUGUCUGCUAUUAGCACAGGAAUUUGUCGACAUGUCAAUAGCCACCGCAAAUGGCGAUAAUACCCUCGAUUCCCAUGUCCUCAUGAUGAAACGCACUUAUCCCGGGUGCAAACCAAUCUAUCUCAUCGAGGGCUUAUCCGUAUGGAUGAGAAAGAACAACAAUUCGAGGAACCGAGCCUACCAGGCAUCAGUUCUUCGAGAAUUGGGAAGCAGUUCCCAACCUCAGCAACAGCAACAGCUACCUAAACGCCAAAAGAAGCCCAAACAGACGGUACCCCCACCUCCACCUGUCGAUGACGACGCCAUCGAAGACGCUUUGCUCCAGCUCCAAGUGCAACAUGGAUGUCUGAUUCACCACACCACAGCACCAAGUGAAUCCGCAGAGUGGAUCAAGAAUUUCACUGAACAUGUAUCCACGAUACCUUAUCGGCAGGAGCUCAUAAACUUACAUGACGCGUCGUUCUGUAUGGAUGUUGGCCAGGUAAAGUCGGGUGAAGAUAAUAGAGAUACGUAUGUCAAAAUGUUACAGGAGGUUCAGCGCGUAACAGCCCCGAUAUCGUAUGGGAUAACAUCUCAAUAUCCCACUGUGGCGGAACUAGUGAGACAAUUGAAGGAGCAGGGGCCACUUCUCCUGGAGGACGUAAAGAAAUGUGCAAAUAGAAAUGGUGCCUUCACAGAUGCUCGCGUCGGCCCUGCUAUAAGCAAGCGUUUACAUAAAGUGUUUACCGGCUUGAACCCAGCGUCGACCGAUAUCUAAGUCCGUUCCGAAUUUUAUCUACCACGGAUCCCUCUCGUACUGUUACUACUUCUACAUCUACAUCCGACUUCGGGCUGCGGAAGUAGUAGAGAAUUUAUGAGGAAAUGUGGUUGGCGCAUCAUCGGACGUUUUCUUUCCCUUUCAUGUAACUCAUGCUCCGUUUUGUUUUUUUUUUUUUUUUUUUUUUUGGACUGGAAUUAUUUCGAGUCGCAGUAGUAGGGUUGGAACAACUAUAUAUAUACCCUUUUUGUAUUCUACUCAUUUCUUGGGGAAAUGGUAUCUUCUUUCUUUCUCAAACGCCUAUGACAUAUCUCAAUAUGAAAGGUUAGAUGCAUUGCUUUAGCAUCGAUAACAGCGAACCUGGUUCUGACGGGUUUAAGUACUGGAUACCUCUAGCUAUAUAUACCAAGUGUACUCCGUAGAGUACGUUUUAUCCCGAUUCAAACGCAGCGUGCACAGGUGUGUAAGCAUCGUGAGAUUGACACUUGUGACUAGACAGGUAACAUGCAGAGAUACCAAAGUAAUUAAUUGCCUAUUCCUGAAAAUGUUAAGCCAUCUAUCAAUCUCAUCUACAGAGAGCAGAGCAGAGCACAAUGACCUGAAUUCCUCUAGCCAGCCACCAAGCCAAAUCUAUCUAUUAUCCACCAACCAAAAUAAGUAAAAAAUAUCUAACCCCUCUAUAC